ACAUGCCUUUAGUAGGAGCAAAAUGUUGAAGGCAAUAAUAGUCAGAGAGCUAGUAUAACUAGGCAGACAGCCGCAGAGCAGAAUUGGCGGGAAUCUGUCGAGCAGUGAUAAUUGCAGAGUGACGCACAUCUGCUAAUAUCCAAGCAGUCAUUUCAAGACCUGUUCGACCUCAGAGAAAGAUCUCUCUCCUCCAAGGCACUCGCUUUCCCGCUCUCCAUCCACAGCGGGGCUCCUUUAUACUGCUCUCCCUGCAUCUAGAGGCAGACAGACAGGCGGGAAGUCACACUGAGUAUGCUUUCUAUCAGGACUCAAGGAAUAAUCAUUUUCAUAAUACGCUAUUUCUCUUGACAAUAGCUGAUGAUCAGCUUUGCGAUUUUCUUAAAAGUGACAUUUUAAAAACAACACCAUUGAUCUCUUGCUGCAACCAUCUGAAAAGAAUCGAUUCAGUGUAUCGAUAAUCUUACAGAGCUGUAUUGUGGUGACGACGUUCUAUGAAAAUGGUAUUUUCUGAAAUACAUGUUAUAUGAUUGGAUUAUAUCAAUUUCACUUGUGGUGAAAAUCGCAUCUUUGGGUGUGAGUUGGUUUAAAGAAAGGACUACUAUAGCCGCUUUCACAUCUUGACAUUUUACUCGUCUAUUCGCGGUCUCUUCUUUGAGUUCCUUGGGACUUUGUUCAGCAAGCUGGGUGCCAACAGAGGGAAUGAUGAUGCAGGUAUGAUGACAGAAGACAUAUCAACAGCUACAAAGGAAGAUACAUAGAUGCCUUGGAAAUGGUGAAGGAACCACUCGAAAUGAAGGAAAUCUAUAAAUCCGCAUCAGUAUACAGCUGCUAUUGACACUUAAUACUCGAAGUGAGAGAGUGCUACAAACCAAUGGUAGUUUUACAUAAAUAGCGAUGUAAACCGUGCAAGAUAAAUAGGCUAAAGGAUAAAACGAUUGGGCACCUUUCCGGUGUCGAGAUAUAUUAUUUAUACGAUGAAAUUGCACGCGUCGCCAUGGAGCGUCGGUCGAACGAUUAUCGUAUGGUGUUUCCUUGCGCUAUUUCUCGACGCGGUCCUCGCAAGGGUCUCCAGGACUUUCCCGUGCCCCGAGGCGUGUUUAUGCGACCUGAUCACGCUUCGGGUGGACUGUUCACGCGGUGGGUUCCAGGGUCUACCCGCUUCUGUGCCGCCAAACACAAGGAUAUUACUCUUUCAGGAGAACAGCAUAGGAAACGAGCUCACCAUACCUGUUUUCAACAUCACAGCUUUAGUUCGCCUUCGGCAGUUGUCUCUUGCCAACAAUUCAUUGAGUUUCAUUAACUCGUCAGUGUUCCCGAAACAAAUAAGGCUGAUCAAACUUGACUUUGCCAAUAACUACCUAGAGGGCGUCCCAGCGAUGGUUCGUGAAAUGCGAUUGCUCAAGCAGUUACACCUCAGCCAUAAUCGAAUAUCUAGUGUUAGUAACAAUGAUUUACCGCCGUCUUCUACCAUAGAGAAGUUAUACUUGGAUUACAAUGAAAUCUACAUCCUUGAGGAUGGUGCCUUUGCCGGUCAAAAGCGGCUUCAAAAUUUAUAUCUGGCGGAAAAUCUCAUCAGCAAUAUUUCAACUGGUCUUUUCUCGAGACUCUCAAUGCUCAUGCAACUUGACUUAUCAUACAACGACAUUGGUGCCGAUUUAAAAACGCAAUAUGAUUUUCUCACUGACGACAUUCCUACUCCUAAAAGUGUCGAACUUGGAGUUAGCUUGCAACCGGGUCUUGGGCCUCCAGUAAACUUCAGCGAAUGGUUUGCACCAAACGGCGCUCCCAAGCUAGAGUUCCUGAACUUAGAAGGGAACAUCAUAAAGACUAUUGCCCAUGAUGCCUUUAAAUUAUUCCCUGUAUUAACUUCGCUCAACCUGGCGUAUAAUCAGUUGGUAAGACUGCCACCACAUGUACUACACACGUUAAGCAGUCUCCAAAUACUCGACCUAAGUGGUAAUAGAUUAAGUGAAUUGCCCUCAGAGCUAUUCAAGAAAAACACACGCCUUCAAAUUUUGAACCUCAACAGCAACUCCUUAUUCAGUUUACCAGGUAAUCUGUUUUAUAGCGUUGAAAAGAGCCUUUUAGAGCUUCGGUUAUCUGAAAAUCAUCUUCAUAGUGUUUCUUGGAUGGAAAUUGGUCUCCGCCAUCUUGUUGAACUCGAUCUUUCCACAAAUGCUCUGGCCGAUGUUGGUAGUGCUGGCUUCACACAUCUUGUCAGUUUACGGGGACUGUCCCUUCAAAAUAAUCAGUUUGGUGAUAUUCCAAAUGUGCGGAAUUUGACGCGACUUCAAGAGCUUCGCCUGUCAAACAACUCAAUCAAGAGCAUUUCAUAUGAUGCAUUCGAUGGGAAUGUGGCGUUAGAACUGAUUGCAAUUGACGACAACCUACUCGUGACCUUUGCCAUGGAGCCUUUUGGGGGUCUACCGUCGCUGCAAACCGUCAAAGCCGGGGGGAACCCCAUCAAUUGCGACUGCAACGUCAAAUGGCUGGGCAAAUUCGACUACGAUACUGCAAGUUACCAUUAUUAUUACAACUAUGAUUAUGCAGAAGAAUUGGGUAUACCUCACAGUACGUUCCUCACGCUUCAAGAUUGGAUAGCACCCAUGAAGGAAGAAGUUAUAUGCGCCAGACCGAACCUGGUUAAGGGUCUAACCCUUCAAUAUGCUCUCUUUCAAUUCUCCACUGAUCUUAUCUGUAGCCACUUUGCGAACCCCAGGAGCAUCAUGGUACUCAUCCUUACGUGGUUUCUCAUCAUUAUUGUCUUUCUCAUUUUGUUCUGGGGUAGGACGUUCUGGAUGGCCCGGAAGCAGUUCGGCAGCUCCAGGCCAAAAAUUGCCAAGGAAAAACCCAAGGAUGAGGACGCGUGUUACGUCAUCUCCGCUGUAUCUAAAAAGGCGGGAAAUGGCCAGUAUCAUUUGCUACCGGAUCAGAAUGAAAAUGAGCCUUUGGUAUUCCUUUCAAACCAUGAAGAUGAAUCGUGUAAAUUGAGGACAUUUGACAGGAACAAUACAGAAAUAUUCAUUGAAACCACCGUCUGAACUUAACCGAUUUUUACAAAUCUCAGAUGACAAUUUGUUCAUCCCUUUUAUUUGGGUGUAGACUUUCAGUGUCUAUCCUCGCGUGUGUACGUUCAUAUCAAUGUUGAUGCGUGUAUAAUUAUGCUCGGCAAACAUUGUGACUAAAAUAUUUACCUUAAAAGGAGAUGAAGAAAAAAAUCGUUCUUUUAAUAUGUUCGCAUCCUUACCCUCCUCUGAUUCUUGUACCUUGGUUGUCAUUGCAAGCAAUAAGAAUUAAUUUACAAAUGUGGGAUUCAUCCAUUGCCCAUGACAUGUACAUUUACAUUUACGGUGAUUCUAGGGAGAACGUUUGGUAUCUAGUACGUAGUCAACGAUCACAGAUACAUUCCAAAAGGGUGUUAUACGCAUACUUUAUUAAAAACUGUGUCACUGAUGAAGAGUCUUUUGGAA